GGGAGAGUCGUUCGGGGACAGGGGCUGGAACUUUCCCAGACACGCAGUUCAGUCGAAGGAACUUUAACAGGGGGCUGCAACCAGUACAUUUAAAGAGUACAUUUUACCCUUCAGAUUUGCCUUCAUAAUACCAGAGAGAGGCUGUACAAUCCUCGGCAGUGUUCUGAGACUGUAUAGCCCACCCUAACCUGGUAUAAGGACUUUCUCUCAGUUGCAAUAUGGACUUGGCUUGAAACAUACAAACAAGUCAUUGAUUGUUUUUUAACCGUUAGCGAGAAUAUUUCUGUAUUUUCUUCACAAUUACAGCCUAGCUGUUUUGUGCAUGUUUAAAAAAAACAAUUUGUAAAAAUUACCCGAAAACACUGGGACUUUGCGGAGGACACACGAGGAAUAGCGAAAGGACAUUUGACAGAGGAAAACAAUAUGACUGCUGACAAGGAAAAGAAGAGGAGCAGCUCAGAGAGGAGGAAGGAGAAGUCGCGGGACGCGGCGCGGUGUCGGCGCAGCAAGGAGACGGAGGUGUUCUACGAGCUGGCGCACCAGCUGCCCCUCGCCCACAGCGUCAGCUCCCACCUGGACAAGGCCUCCAUCAUGAGGCUCACCAUCAGCUUCCUGCGCACACGCAAGCUCAUCUCCGCCUGUUGUCCUGACAACGAUACAGAGGAGGACAGACAGAUGGACAGCCUUUACCUCAAGUCUCUGGAGGGCUUUGUCACUGUGGUAACAACCGACGGGGACAUAAUCUUCCUGUCUGAGAACAUCAAUAAAUUCAUGGGUCUGACACAGGUGGAGAUGACGGGGCACAGCAUCUUUGACUUCACCCACCCAUGUGACCACGAGGAGAUCCGCGAGAACCUCAGCUUCAAGACCGGAGCGGGGUUUGGGAAGAAGAGCAAGGACAUGAACACAGAGCGAGACUUCUUCAUGAGAAUGAAGUGCACCGUGACAAACAGAGGCCGCACCGUCAACCUUAAAUCUGCCAGCUGGAAGGUCCUGCACUGCACCGGACACCUGAAAGUGUACAACAGCUGCGCCCCUCGAAUUCUGUGCAGCUACAAGGAGCCGCCCCUCACCUGUGUGGUGAUGAUGUGUGUGCCCAUCCCCCACCCCUCCAACAUCGACAUGCCGCUCGACAGCAAGACCUUCCUGAGCCGACACAGCAUGGACAUGAAGUUCACUUACUGUGACGACAGGGUGCAUGAGCUGAUGGGGUACAGCCCGGAGGAUCUGCUGGGCCGGUCCGUGUAUGAUUUCUACCACGCGCUGGACUCAGAAAGUGUGACCAAGAGCCAUCAGAACUUGUGCACCAAGGGCCAGGCUGUGAGCGGACUGUACCGCAUGCUGGCGAAGCACGGCGGCUACGUGUGGGUGGAGACUCAGGGCACCGUCAUCUACAACAGCCGCAACUCCCAGCCUCAGUGCAUCGUGUGCAUCAACUACGUCCUGAGUGACAUUGAAGACAAGUCAAUGAUACUGUCCAUGGAUCAGACGGAGUCGCUGUUCAGGCCCCACCGCAUGCUGGGGAUGAACGGCCUGUUCAGGCAGGUCGGGGCCGCCUCACAGAGCGAGGCGAGCAACCUGCUCUUCACCAAGCUGAAGGAGGAGCCCGAGGAGCUGGCCCAGCUCGCCCCGACCCCCGGGGACAGCAUCAUCGCCCUGGACUUCGGAGGACCACCGUUUAAAGAGCAGUACGCCAAGGUGUCCUCUAUGCCCCCUCCGGCCAGCAGUCCCUGGGCCAAUGAGGCGUCCAAGGCCAACCCUGCCAGCGAGAUGCCCAAAAUGGCCGCCACCUUCUCAGUGCCCCAGGCUCCACCCCCUGGCAGUUCCACACCCAGUCUGAGCAGUUGUUCCACACCCAGCAGCCCAGGGGACUACUACAGCUCCGUGGACAACGACCUGAAGGUGGAGCUCACAGAGAAGCUGUUCGCAUUGGACACCCGUGAGCCUAAGAGCCCAUGCACCUCUAAGAUGGACCUCAGUGAUCUGGACCUGGAGACCCUGGCCCCCUACAUCCCCAUGGACGGGGAGGACUUCCAGCUCAACCCAAUCUGCCAGGAGGAGCCCCUGGCUGAGGCACCCAACACCCAGCACAGCUUCAGCAACGUAGCCAGCCUGUUCCAGCCGCUGGCCUCCCCCCCGCCCAGCCACCUCCACCCGCCCAUCCAGGCCAUGAGCGACAAGAGGACUCCAAACUCCGCCUCGCUGGAGCCCCGCCCCAACCUGCCCUACCCCUGCACCGUGGCGAUGCCACCCUACCACAGCCUGGCCAGCACCCCCCUGUCCUCCAUGGGCGGACGUCAGAGCUUACAGUGGCCCCCCGACCCCUCUUUACGCCAGUCCUCUUCAAAAAGGGGCAUGGGUGACCCCAUGGCCGGCGGCCAAGUGUGCCAAAAUCUUCCCUCUCAGCGCCUUGCCCUCCACAAGCAAAGAUCCAUGGAGAACUUUGUCCAGGCGCACAGAGACAUGAGUCCAGCCCGGAUUGCUCUGGCUAACAGCUUCAAGCGCAAGAGACAGCUUGAGUUUGAGGACCAGCGUGCCUUCACACAAAUGAGUCUGGAGGAGGCGCCCCACGGCAAGCCCUCAGAGAUGAUGUGGAAGCGGAUGAGGAAUGAGAGCUGUGCUUUUGCAGACAGGAAGUGCCUGAGCACCGGUGCUCUCACAGAUAAAUUUGCGGGCAUGCAAGGUGGCGUAGACCAGUGCCUCAGCCCUCUGCAGCAGCGCAGGAAAAGCCAGUACCUUGGAGCCAUGAGCGCAGAGCCCAAAAAAAUGUUUCUGGGACAGAGCUAUGCUUCCGGCUACCGAGAGUACAGCAUGUUGCCCUCUCCUAAAAUGGAAGGUGAGAGACACCCCCCCCUCCCUAAGAUCCACACACACACACACACACAAACACACAUACCCACAUACACACACGCACACACAACAGGUCAUGACAUUUACAACUGGUGACUACCAUGUGUGCAGGUAUGACAUGUGACGGUGAGCUGUACAGCCUUUUGCAGUGUGUGUGCAUGACUGUGUGUGUGUGUAUUCCAGUGCGCCUUGAUACAAAGUAGCUUUUUUAUUGGUCACAAAUAAUUUUUUUCUCCAAUUUUUUGUCAAACUGUUAUUACUCGAGUGAUCUUAUCAGCAUGCUGAAUUGGUGUGAUUUCAUUUGGAGGAAUGAAAUUGAGCUGAAUUGAUAUUGUUAGGUAUUGAG